AUGAGGAUCCAAACUAACCACCAAGAGAAGUCACAAACCUCCCAAGAUUCGAAUUACAUGCACUCUAUGAGCGCGGCGAGGCGGGCGGGCACCAGCUGCGCCAACUGCAAGACCGCGACCACCACGCUAUGGCGGAGGAACCAGGCCGGGGAGCCAGUCUGCAACGCGUGCGGCCUCUACUACAAGCUGCACAACGUGAACCGGCCGCUGACGAUGAAGAAGGAGGGCAUUCAGACGAGGAACAGGAAGCUGUCGUCGAAGAGCAAGAAGAAGAAGGCCGGCGGCUGCCUGGGCCUCGGCGGCGUCAUGGGCGAUAUGAUCAAGGCCAGUGGUCACCUCGAUCUCGACAACAAGCCCUUCCAUUCCGGGUUCGGCUCGCCCAUGAGCACGUCGCAGCAUCACCACACGAUGCACCCAGCGAUGCAGCACUAUAUGUAUCACACGGGUGUAGGUGUGGCUGGUGGCCUGCACCAGGGGUUCGCGCCGCCAGCGCCACCACCGAUCCACCCUCACUCGCACUCGCACUCCCAUUCUCACCACAUGACGAGUCUCCAGGGUCUCCAGUUGGCCGCCACGACGAACGCGAUGACCGGUUGGCGAUCGGAGUACACAUGAAUCGCGAGUGAUCAGCAGCUCAGGACGCAGCCCACCACUCUCGUUCUAACGUAAUCGCGAGCUCGAGCUCUCCUCUCUUUCUCUCUCCGCGAACCACACCGAGAGACGUUCGAGAGGAACAUACAGACGGGAAAAAAUUUUUGCGGACAGGAAAAGAGAUCGAAUCGCGAACGAUUUAUACACAUAAAUAUCCCCCCCUUCUUCCCCUCUCUCUAUCUUCACUUUCUCUCUCUCUC